UUUACGAUUUUUAAUUUAAUUUAAUGAUUAAUGUUCAACUUUAAUGUGUUUCAAUUAAUGAGAAAAACAUACUUAUUACAUGUUAAAAUCAUAUGCUUAUCAUGUUAUUUUAAACUGAUCUAGUUAAUGGAAGCAAGUGCCAUAAUCUUUGAAUAACUCUUGCCUUUUUCUCUUUCAAGUGAAGUAUGUCUAUUGAAGCCUCAAGAAAUAAAUUCAUUAUAUUUAUUAAAGGUGCCUUCAUAAAGGAAAAGACUGCAAGAUGAUGAUGAAGAUGAUGAGUGCAGAAAAUAUAGAUGCUACAAGUGAUAUAAAGCAUUAAAUCUAAAAUUAGGUCAAUGGUAUUAACUCUGAUGAAAUGGAGGUUGAUGAACCUGCACAGAAAAUUGUACAAUUCAAUCCACUUCCUCAAAGAGUUCCUCGUUUAAACAGAAGAGGAUUUUAUAUGUCAUGUCGAGAUAAGCAGGCCAAGUCUCUUUUAGAAAAUGUUAAUAGUCAAAAAGACGCAGUGUCGAGUACUUCAAUUAAGUCUAAGGCAGCUAAUCAAGAAAAAAUUUCAACACCUUUAAGCAAUAGAAUAAUCAAGCUAAAUAUUUCAAAGAAAAGUCCCAACAGUGAGACUGAAAAGUGUCUUAAAAGAAAUGGUAAUGAUCAGCAAACAAAUAGUGAAUGUGCUCAAAAACCUCCACCAAAAAAGAAACAUAAACCUAUUACUUGGCCAUGAAAGAUCUGUAUCAUAUAAAAGUCAUUGUAAAAAUGUCUUAAUUGUUUAGUUUUAAAUUAUUAAUGUUUUUGUUUGUGUGGUAUCAAAUGAAUAAGUUUAACCUUUUGCGGCCGGUUUAAAUUUAUACAUAAUUGUUAUACCUGCCAGAAUUCAUUUCUGUUAGAUAAAUAUAAUAUGCAGGAUAAUAAAAGAAAGUCAUUCUUCAUUUUGAAAUUUAUAAAUCUCCAAAGCCUAUAGGCAUAAGUGAAAAGUAUUGUUCAAUACUGAAAGAUCUGCAUGUUUUUUUUUAUUUAGGAGGCUUAAAGAAGAUGUACAAUUGGAACAUCUGCUUUAACAGGGUGCAUAGCAUUUUUAAAAAGUGCUUAAAGGUGCUUAUUUUUGAUUUUUAAAAGCCCUUAAAAGUGCUUUUUUUCAUUGGGUGUUUUUAAAAA